GCAAUCAGUCGGACCGGAACUGGACCUCGAAGGACAACCACCUGGCGGAGUUCUUCUUUGUCCUCGCGAAGCUGGUCUUGCAGGCGACGCAUUGGACGCGGCUGCGCGCGGCGGCGACGAUCGACGCGUUCGUGUUCCCGACAGCUCACCCCGUGGUCGUGGCGAUCGGCGACGCGGUGGACUGUUCCAGCGGAGAGGUGGAGAAGGCGCGCCAGAAGGAGAACGGCCCCAAAGAAGCGCCGAAGCAGUUCCGGCCCCCGACCGCCAGCCUGCUCGCGCGCUUCAUCGAGGCUCUUCUGAAGUGCCGCGUCGGCGGCAAGUCGAAGGCGGAACUCGAGGCCUGGCUGGCCAAGAUGAACGGCGGCGAGGACGAGGUGGCUCAGCUGGGCCGCGAGGCCGAGGGCGCCGAGCUCGUCGUCGCGAUGCGCGGCUGGUCCAUGCGCGCCAGCGUACUGGCUGCGAUCAGGAAUGAAAACAAGGCGACGGCCCACUCGGGAGCGGCGCCGCCAGGUUGGCUCGAUGGGGAGCUGUCGAAUGGGAGGUCUGAGCAGGCCCGUCCAGUUCGCACGUUCCAGUUCACCCCC